AGAGCAUGAGUCAAAUGGCCAUAAUAUUCUUGUGGAAUUCAUUCAAGUCAACCAUAAAUGAGGAAGUUAUAUGUUUCCUUCCAUGUCACAUAAUUCUAACGCAUGCUUUUAAGUACCCUCUCUCACAUAUAAUUAAACUUUUGUUACUCAAUUAACACAUUUAAUUACUACUAAUCUCAUUUCCUUGUUGAGGAGCACCCCAGUUAUUUAUAACUCUCCUCAGUUAAUCUUGUAUAAACUCCUGUUUUCCCCACCUAUCAUUUCCCAUCUCCACUUCUCUUGAUUUCUUUUUAGCCUCCCUGUCUACACACACGAAAACACACAGUUGACAAUGGAAGAUGAGGAAAUGGGAUUGGGACUGGGACUUUCGAUUGGUGUGGGAGAUGAAUAUGUUCCGAAAAGGGAUCAGCAGAAGAAUAAGCGUGUUGCUGAGUUUUGCUUAGAUCUUGCGUUGCCACUUUGUUUGGAACAGGAAGGGAAGGAAGGGAUGAACUCCGAAUAUAGCAAGGCGGAAGGAUCAAUCUCAUCAUCAGAAACAUGUAAAUUUAGAGAUUGUGGCGAUGAUAUGGAAAACAAGAACAGCAGCAAUAAAAAACUUAGGCUUACUGCAGGACAGACUUCUUUGCUUGAAGACAGUUUCAAUCUGAGUAGCACCCUUAACAAGGCUCAGAAGGAAGCACUGGCAGAGAGGUUGAAUUUAAGGCCACGCCAAGUUGAAGUCUGGUUCCAAAACCGAAGAGCAAGGACUAAGUUGAAGCAGACGGAAGUUGACUAUGCGUUCCUGAAGAAAUGUUGUGAAAGCUUAAGUGAUGAAAAUCGAAGAUUGAAGAAAGAAUUACAAGAACUACCAUCGGUAAAGGUCAAACAACCACCAGUGUACAUCCAGCUUCCCAAGGCUACCACACUAGCAAUGUGUCCCUCCUGCGAGAAAUUUGUUCAAUUUGGCGGUGAUCCAGAUGACGACGACACAAAUAAAACGACUGCAUCCAUUGCCAACAAAUACCAAGGUCAUAAACACUAAUGAGAUCCACAGCUAGCUUAAACUAAGAAACUAUAGUCAGGAAAUGUGACAGAGUUGGUUUUAACAAUAUAACCAUGCAGAUGCAGUUAUACAUGACAUAUCUGCCAGACACAGUAUUACUUAUGCAUAAUAUAGUUUGCAAGAGUUCUUGCUUAGAGAAUGGAAGACCUGACCCUUAUGCAGCUUGUGUAAAUUUUUACUGAUCACAUCUUGUUUAUUAA